AUGCUCUCGAAGGUGAUGUUCACGUCGGCAGGGCCACAACCAGCCUUUGCCUCACUCCAGAAUGCAAGCAGCAACAGCAAAAUGGAAGUGACAGACCCACUGAGCAUGUCGUCCGAAGCCACCACCACCACUGUCGUCACUGGUGGGGUGGCUGGUCGCUGUCCACCGUGCUUCACCCUCUACCCAACAGGCGCGGACAGAGUGGGCGCGCUGCAUGAUGGGGAUACUGAUCACCUUGCACCCACGGCCUCAUCCCCAGCGCGUGGCCUGGACGGCGUCUUGUCUUCUGCAUCAAAGACGAGCAAGUUUGGUGUAGCAGGGCAACCUUCCACCCCUGCGUUGCCAAAGCGCAAGUAUCCUAAACUCCUCACUCAGCUAGCACACGAACUCCGCUGGAUGCACAGGAACUUGCGUCAUAGGUGCGACAACCCCUCUAAGCAUCGUGUGAACAGCGUUUCAGAUGCAUCGCAGAGACCCAGUAGUCGUUCCUCGGACUCUCCCUCCCCCCACGCCGACGGCGAAGGCAACGAAGAGUUGCGCGUCACAACGAGCUUGCGCAGCUCAAUGCGGAGCUCAUCAUACCUGCGAAGUGAGAUGAUGAGCCGUGGCGGCAGCACCUCCACGCGCCACGCACAUGGAACGGCAAGAAACGCAAAACAACACAGCCUCACCCUGGCGAAGGGUGAGGCGAAGCAGGUGCACCCUGCCGCUCUACCAGAGGUGACGCCUGACCCAUACGCGCCACCCUCGUGCCAGUACGUGGUGCGGCACCUCGAAGUUGUGGAUGCGGAGGAAGACGCACUUGGCAGUGUCCGUAUUGACAGCCCUACUGACUCUGUGAUGGGCGCGGAGCAUGCUGGUGGGACGUACAGGGCUGCAGGGGUUUUGGGGACCACCUACCGGGGCCACGGUGGCUCGUCGUAUGCGGCUGAGUUUGGCAGGGACGACGCGAGCGAUGUGGAGGUAGGGGGAGCUGUCACCGCCAGUCCAUCAGACCGGCAAGGUCUCACGGUGAACGGUGCUCUUGCAGCCCAGGACAUCCGUGAGGGUGAGCAAGCGGACGACGAUGCGCCAGCCUCCGUCGACUCAUACCAGGUAUUCUUCAGCCGUAUCGUCGCCCUGCAACACCAACUGCAUGACCUGGAGCGACAGACGGCCAGACUUCGCGCGGUCUAUGAAGAGGAGCAGCAGGCACGUCUGCGCUCUAAGUCCAAAGGUCAGCAUCUGAGUUGGACCCGCACUGUCGAGGCUGCCAACACGAUUCACUUUUGGCGCCAGAAAGUGAGCGCUUUGCGUCUCUUCGAGGCGCAGUACAUGAACAUACUGAAGCUCUUCCAACAAAAUCUACAGCUCGUCGAUCCUGAAACAGAAAAGGCUCAACAACUCUGGCGGUCGUCUGCGAGCGCGGCUGCAAAGCCUGGAGCCACUCCAGUCGCUAUGCAGGCUCGCCGCACGUUUCUCUCCUCGCCGCAGGUAAUUGCGGUACAGGAACAGCAUUUGAAGAGCCUUGGUGAGCAGAUGAAGGCGUGCUGGAAGACGAACACGAUGCUGAGAGAGGAACUGCGCCACUUCGAGCAGUGCGAAGUGCGCGUGCCACACGUCACCUUCACUACGGCAGGCAUGGACAUCGAGCACUUUAUCGCUUCAUUACCACCGCGGAUAGCGCCCUGCGUCCUUCGCAGCGUCCCUUCGCACAGCUCUAUGCGAUCACUGGACAGCCUCGGAAGCGCAGAGACGCAAAUGCUGCUGACGGCUCAGAACUUCUCCCUCACCUCAAGUGACUACGACACUGAUGAGAACACCGCUAAAGCGGCAAACGCAAGCCGCAAAGUUGCCGAUGCGUCUGGCCGUGGAGGCAACGAAUGUUCACACAGCAGUCACCCCGUUACGCACCCUUCCCUGUGCCCUGCUGCCGCGUCAGCAUCGCCGCUGGCGUCGUACAUAAACCUCACGAGUAUCGUUACCAGCACCCCAGCCUCGCCUGUCAUACCAAAGAGACUGAAGUAUGUCAUUCGCUCCGCCACACUCGACCAUGAGGAGAGCAGAGGCAGCAGCUUCAAGAGCUGCAUCGCGCCGCUCUACAUGGACUCCGGGACAUCGACCACCAACUCGCAAACGCGGGGACACAGUGAGCGCCAUGUGACGUUCGCGCUGGAGCCGGAGGUGCUCGACGCGCGCCCUCGCUUCAGCGCCCACAGCCGCACCGUAGAGUUGCUAGAGCAGAUUUGUCUGGACAAGCAGGCGCUGUGGAGCGCGUUGCCAAUGCUGGAGAGUGCCCUGGAAGAGCACCUUGGUCAGCUGGCGCAGCUGCGCGCGCAGUGGAAUGCGGCCACAGCAGGCGAAGCGCUGACCCCCAUGCCAAGGGUCACGUCGCGGGUGUGUGAAAUCGUUGCCCCUAGCGAUGCUGGCCCCGAGUGCUACGCACAUGCUGAAGCCGCGGCGUCCUCACAGAAGUCAUUUUCAUCGACGACCACGCCAGAGAUAAAGACGGAGAGGAGCAGACGAAGCAGCAGCAAGGUGAACCUGGAGGUGUGUACAAAGUGCUCCGUGAUGUAA